CCUUCUCGUCACACUGCGCCACGCCCCGCCCCGCCUCGCCUACUACUACUUUCGUCUUCCAUCAACUGACAAGACGUGUCACGUUUUCUUGCGAGACUUCUUCUUACAUCCAUCGUUAACUCACCAUAUUCAGCGGAGUAUGGCUAACUUCACGUAUACGCAUAAUGUCGGUCAACGUAGUAGUACGAUCAUUGAAACGUACCACACCCCCUCCCUAACCUCCCCCUUUUAUAAUUACGUUCUUUCACCGAUAAGAAAUGUUUUUCUCUCUUUACCAAAACGAGUACAACAAACGAGUUCACUCGUCAGCGUAUAAUAUGGCGUUUAUUUCUUCGAUUCGUAUUUAUUUUUUUUUACGUUCGACUUAUUGUUGCAAUUGUAAACGUUCUUCAAGCGCUGUUAAUCGCGGCGCUGUUCUUUUCAACCAACCGUGGACAAAACGAAAGACCAACCAACCGACCGAAUGACAAGCAACUGACUGAGUUACUCCCGUUACAUCAACGCAACAACACGCAAAUCAAAAUCGCGGGAAAUUUUAAAUAUGAAUACCUUGAUUAUUUGAUUUUCUUUAUAAAUAAUUUUCAAUCUUUUUUAUUAUAGACGAUAACUACGUCCAACGUGAUGUCAUCUGAUUUACUAAUAACUUUUACAAAUCUGACAUAAUUAAAAAAAUUUCGUAACAAUGUUUAAACAUAAGAUAUUAUUGUUAAUUAAAAAAAGUCUUGGCAUUGAUUAUUCGAUCGUUUUAUAUCAAUAUGUUCUUCGUUAUUUCAUUGACAUAAUCCUAACCUAUAAUUCCAUCACUAAUCAUGCGCUGUUUAUAUAAUCUCAUUUAGACGUAAAAGAUAUCUAUUUUUUAUUUUUCUUUUUUCUUUUUUUUCUUGUUUUUGGCAAUUAUUUUUCUUUGAUCCUUCACAAACACUAUAACUAACUCAUUUUUAUUUACACUGUUGUCUUCACGAAUUUGUUAUACAAUCGUUUAAAAACUGUUUGAAAAAUCUAAUAUGGCAGCCAUUUCGGAUUUAAUGCCAUUACUUCCAGUUACUCUUGUUAAUCCUCCACUGUUCUAUUUUCGUUACCCUUAUUUUCCUGUUGUUUCUUUUUCUUUUUUAUUUAAAUUUUUCUUUUUUUAAUUCAACAAAUGUUCGUACUUCUAUCACGUAGAUAAGUCAGAAAAAAGAUUAAAUAACAAUAUCUUUUGUCAUAAUUGAAGUCAAAAAAAAAGAUUAAAUAACAAAAUCUUUUGUCACUAUUGUUAACGUGUAACAAGUGUAUUUUUAUUUUAUAAAAAAUAUGAGUAACAUGAAAAAUUAUCGUAAAAAUGGUGGAGGGAAACGUCCACAAAAGAAAACAGAACCUAAGGAAAAACCACAAUUAUUAGUACAACCUAAACAAUCUUAUGCUGAGUAUGACAAUAACGCAAAAGCUGAUGACAAAAGUAAAGAUUUUGAAGCUUUUAUAAACCAACCAAUUUCGAUGGAUGGACAAUUUGUUUUUAAAUGUGAAAAGAAUUGGUCUGCAGAUGUAUUAGGAUGUUUUGACUAUUUUACUCUAGAUUUAAACUUACUUUCUGCUGCUAUGAGAUGCAUACCUUUUAAUGAAUGUGUUAAAAUAAAGGAUGAAUAUUUCACAGCUGAUCAAUUAACGAGUUUCUACAAUGCUGUUGAAGAAGGAAAAGAAGCUUAUAAUGAUAUUCUAUCUAAUUUAGAAAUUUCUAGUUCAUCUAAUACAAUGAAUUUUAAUAAAUCAUUAGAUAGAGAAAGUAAAGAAAAACUAGAGAUGAAUUUAAAUCUUGAAAAGUCUAUGACAGAUAAUAAAACAUUUGAACCUAAGAUACAAAAUAAAAGUGACGAUAGUGAUACAGAAGAAAGUUUAGAUUUCUUAUUGUCUCUUAAAUCAUCCACCUUACAAAGCAAUAAGAAACAAAUGGCCUCAACAGAUGUAUUUUCUAAAAAUGAACUCAAAACGCAGUCCGCUACCUUAUCAACUAAACCAAUUGAUCUUGAAAUCUGGCUAGAUAAAAUAUUAGAUGACUAAAACUUGAAAUUUGUAUAUUUGUUUAUAAACUUAAUCUUAAAAAUUCAAUAAUAAGAUUGCAUAUAAAUAGGAAAAAUAUUAUUACAAAGUAAUUAUUAAUUUUCUGUAAUAAAGUAUAAUACUAUUAGAUUAACUAUUAGAUUGUUAUUGUCGUAAUAAAAAAUGCAAAUUUUUUAUUAUACUGUAAAAGAAUAUGAAUUACUUAUUAAUAUAUUUAAUGUUUUAGACUUAUUGUGUACAUUAUGUAGCAUAAAAAUCAAUAUGAAAAUUUAUUAGUAAGAUAUUCAUGCAUAUAAUCAUAAACUACAAGCAUAAUAGCUCCACCUGGGCCCAAUCUCAAUACUUUUGGCAAUAAACCUUUGUAUAAAGCUUUGAAACUGAAAUAAAAAAAAGAAAAAAAAAAAAAAAAAUAUAAGUAAUGUUUAAUUUUAUCAAUUUAUAAGUAAUAUGAAACAAUAGUUUUAUACCCUUCGUUUUUAUAAAUAAUACAUAUAGUAUUUAGUGUUCCCUUGUAUUGUAUAUUUCCUUGUGGUCCUUGUAUACGACUUUUAGCGACAUCAAAAGGUAUAUUCAAACAAGAAGCUACUGUACCUGACACAAAACCUAGACCGACCUAAAUAAUCAAUAAUAUUUUAUUAAAAAUAUAAUAAUAUAAAAAAUGUUCAUAAAUAUUAUAUUAUAAUUACCUUAGUUACGAAUUCAAGCAAAGGUUC